UUGUCCACCUCAGCUGUCCCAAGAUGUACCUGGUGCACACUAUGGAGCAGCAGUACCAGCUGCGCGCCUACAUCUACCAGGCGCGCGACCUGCUGGCCGGAGACAAGACGGGCUUCUCCGAUCCGUACGCCUGCGUCAGCUUCCUGAACUUCUCGCAGCGGACGGAGCGGGGUCGGGCCACGCUGUGCCCCACCUGGGACCAGACGCUGCUGUACGACGACCUCACCAUCCACGGCGACCCCAUGUUCAUCCUGGAGCAGCCGCCGCAGGUCAUCAUCGAGGUGUUCGACCACGACACCUACGGCGAGCCUGAGUUCCUGGGCCGGGCCGUAGCCACGCCCACCGUCCACCUGGACCCGAGCAAGGCCCACCCACCGCCGCUGCAGUGGUUCAAGUUCAGCAAGGGCGACAACGACAGCGCAGCCUCUGGCUGGGGACGAGAGCGGGCGUACCUGAAGCCCUCGGAGCGGGGCGAGCUCUCCGACAGGCCCUACCACGGUGAGCUGCUGGCCUCGUUCGAGCUCUACUGCAAGGUGUCGGAGCUGCCGUUUCCUGCCGCCGACGAAGAAGGAUGCGCUUUCUGA